AUGUCAAUGUCAGUGACAAUCACGGCUCCAAGUGUGAAACACAUUCUUCUCGACUCUCUUGUCGUCAUGAAAAUUGUCAAACACGUCGAUAGUGAACUCCACGCGGGAAUUAGUGAGGUUUCUGGAGAUGCGUGUGCUGGAGUACUCACUGGACUCGUAUUCCUUGAUGAUUCUCGUCUUGAAAUCACCAAUUGCUUCCCAACUGUCAGAAAUGAGCCGGUUAUCGAUGAUGAUGCUAAUGCGGCCGCUCAGUACGAAGAGCAAAAGCAACAAGAGAUGCUCGAUAUGCUCCGCAAGUUCCGCACGAUGAAUAUCGACUACGAAAUCGUCGGAUUCUAUCAGUCUCAUCAGUUUGGAGCCGGUUUCUCGCAUGACCUCGUCGAGUCAAUGUUCGACUACCAAGCUAUGGGACCGGAGAAUGUCGUUUUGAUCUACGACCCAAUCAAGACUCGUCAGGGACAACUUUCUCUCCGCGCUUGGCGUCUCUCCACCGCCGCUCUUGAUCUCGCCUCCAAAAAUGAUUGGAGACCAGAGCUCGUCAAAGCAGCCGGUUUGACCUACCAAAACAUGUUCGAGGAGCUUCCAAUUAUCAUCAAAUCCUCGUAUCUUAACAACGUCCUGAUGUCUGAAUUGGCUCUGUCGAAAUCGUAUUCAUCUGAGAAAUACUCGACGAGACACUUUGAUUUGGGAUCAAAGAAGUCCUUGGAGAAGUCCGUCCGCGCCAUGAUGGCCAACGUCGAUGAGUUGAAUAAAUCGAUUCAAUCGCUGACGAAAUACACCAUCGACAAGCAGAGACACGACAAUAUGGUGUUCAGUAUGACACAGAAGAGACAACAAGAGAACGAGGCUCGUGCAGCACGCGGUGAUCCACCACUCCCAAUGGACGAUAUCAAGAGACAAAAGGCUCCACAACUGCAGACUCGAAACGGUCUUCUCGACGAACUUCUCGCCAGUUUCGACACGAAUGCUCUCGCCGACUUCUCGAAGACCGUCACCAGUGAGAACAUCACGAAAUUGUUCAUUGCUGAAGCGGUCGCCGAGGAGAAAGUCCAAGGAUCUAAGGACAGAACGUUGAGCUCUGUCUCCUCUACUCGUUAA